UAUAUACAGUAACAGACAAACGGAGGAUAACAAACCCACGUCUGCAGACUGAGAUGAACAUAAUUUAACUCCAAAAGGCUCUUUUCUGAUGUGUAUAAAAAAAGUUGGGGUAUUACGAGGAGAAAAUCUUAGCUUUUUUUUUUUGGGGGCAUUUGGGGUCCCUUCAAAAGUCUCCGCCUUUGCCGUGUCGAAGCAAUGGGAGAACGCAAGAAGAUUAUCAUCGAUACUGAUCCUGGAAUCGAUGAUGCAAUGGCGAUAUUCGUGGCUUUAAACUCACCUGAAGUUGAUGUGAUUGGCCUCACUACUAUUUUUGGAAACGUGUAUACUACCCUCGCCACUCGAAACGCCUUGCACUUGUUGGAGGUUGCAGGCAGGACUGAUAUUCCUGUGGCUGAAGGAACACAUCAAACUUUCCUGAAAGAAAAGAAGGUUCGGAUUGCUGACUUUGUUCAUGGAAAAGAUGGACUUGGUAACCAAAAUUUCCCUCCACCUAAAGGAAAGCCAAUUGAAAAGUCUGGACCUGAGUUCUUAGUUGAACAAGCAAAGCUUCACCCUGGCCAAAUCACCGUUGUUGCUUUGGGACCACUAACAAAUAUAGCUUUGGCUGUUCAGCUUGAUCCAGAGUUUUCGAAAAAUGUCGGACAAAUUGUGCUUCUUGGUGGAGCAUUCGCAGUAAACGGAAAUGUAAAUCCAGCUUCGGAAGCUAAUAUUUUUGGAGAUCCAGAAGCUGCAGAUAUUGUCUUCACAUGUGGAGCCGAUAUAAUUGCUGUGGGGAUCAACGUGACCCAUCAAGUUGUUAUGUCAGCUGACGACAAGGACAAAUUGGCAUCAUCGAAUGGGAAGUUAGCUCAAUAUCUCUGUAAAAUCCUUGACGUGUACUAUGAUUAUCAUCUUACGGCUUACGAAAUCAAAGGUGUCUACCUUCAUGAUCCUGCAACGAUCCUAGCGGCUUUCCUUCCGUCUCUGUUCACUUAUACAGAAGGAGUAGCUAGAGUGCAGACAAGCGGUAUUACUAGGGGACUCACUUUACUGUACAACAAUCAAAAGAAGUUUGAGGAAGUGAACGAGUGGUCAAACAAACCAUCGGUGAAAGUGGCGGUGACAAUUGACGCUCCUGCGGUAUUGAAGCUCAUAAUGGAUAGGCUUAUGAAGUCUUAGACUCAUCUCUCUUGUUUGAUGCUUCACUUCUUGUGAGCUCAUUUCUCAUGUUUCCAAGGCAAACCUAAAGGCUCUCCUCUUGCUUCAAUAUUGUCAUUUAAGUGCUUUUUAAAAAAGAAAAACUUUUUUAUUCAACCGAAAACAUUAUCAAUUUUACCAUUUGAUGACCUACAAAUAAUAAAGUUAAUUGUUUCUCCCAAA